CCAAUGGGGAGCAGCCUAGUCACAUGACUGGCUGAAAGGGUGGGGAAGGAAGGGGAAACUGGCAUACUUCCCCUGCCCCCCUCUCUCUCACUCUCUCUCAACAACUCCAGUCUCCGACCGAGCUGCCUGGCGGGUGAUUGUGUAAACCUGUGCGAGGGAGACGGGGCCCAGAGCAAUCUGAGGAAAUGAAGGAGCCAUCAAAAUUGAAGGAAGCAAGUGAGGUCCCCUCCCACGGUGGUGUUGGUGAGGCUGGAGUGAAGACGCCAGAAGAUCCCCCCAGGAAGGCCAUGGAAGGUAGAGAAGUCAGCGAAGGUGCAAAAGCUAAGCCUCCGAAGCCCUCUACCCAGUUAAAGAUUACAACCUUCCAUACGCAGGCCCUCAGUCCUAACUAUCAUCGUUUGCAUAGUAAACCAUUGAGAGCUGCCCCUAUUGGGGCUUGUGUGGGAGGAGGGGUUGCUGUUGCAGGGGGGUCUAAAGCUCUGGCCCCAGGCUCUCCCUCUCUGGAGUCGGUCAUGUCCAGCAGAAAACAAAGCACUCUGAAGCCUGUAGAUGUCUCAUCCGCAGCAACACUGAAGCCUCCGGUCAAGAAAGGCGCCAAGUCGAUCAUGACACAGACCGAAAAGCCAAUACCUCUGACAGCGUCUCAGAUAAGGCCACCUCAGAGCAAGCCACAGCCAGCAACCAAGCGGAGGAAGAGGAAGAUGGGCCUGUAUAACUUUGUCCCCAAGAAGAAGACGAAGGUAGGGAAGCCACAGGACAAGCCAGUCCCAGGGCCAUCUGUCAGCAAGGCCACACACAGCUACAUGGAGAAGAACGGGGCUGUGACACACGGAGAAGAUAUGCAGAGCCAGGAGGCCCCGAGAGCCACAGGGGACAGGGAGAAAACAAACUGCCUCACUGGAAUUAAAAUGGAGGACAACAUUGAGAAGGGCUGCAGCCAGGAGUACACAGAACUGGCUUUGGACUCUCUGGACCUGAAAGCACAGGAAGAGCUGUUCUCACCCUCACAAUCAGGCCUGGCUGCAGACGCAGAGGUGACGGAGACGGACCUGGCUGAAGAGCUGCCUCUCUGCUGCUGCCGCAUGGAGACCCCUUCACGAGGCCACAGCCCCUCCAUGUCAGAGCAGACCUGCAUGGCCACGGAGAGCAUCGACGGCCAGGUGAGUCGGUGCCAGCGAGGCGUGGUGAAGCACCAGCUGAUGCGGCCGUCCAACACGGUCCACCUGUUGGUCCUGUGCGAGGACCACCGCGCUGGCAUGGUCAAGCACCAGUGCUGCCCGGGCUGUGGUCUCUUCUGCAGACUGGGGACUUUCAUGGAGUGCCGUCCGUACGGCAGCAUCUCUCACCGCUACCACCGGGCCUGUGCCUCCAUGAUCAAGGAGCGUAGCUUCUGCCCUCACUGUGGCGAGGACGCCAGCGGCGCCCACGAGGUCACGGCCCCCAAGGCCCACCCCGUGCCCUCCGCGCCCCAGCCUGACCCUAGACCUGCCGUGCCCACCGAGACCAGCGUGGCCACUCUGCCCGCCCCGGCGCUGGUGCCGGCUGUGCCGCAGGUCUUCCGGGCGAAGAAGACCACCGAGCCAGAGAGGAGGAGAGCAGCCUCUCCCGCUAAGUUGAAGAGGGAGCUUGGGGGUAGUAGGUCAGACCCAAGUAAAGAGUCCCUUGAAAACAUUCUGAUGGCACUGGAUGAUGAAAAUUUAAAGCCAAAGAAAGUGAAGUAUCCCACAAAGCAGUUGUAUGUCUCUGCCAAAGAGGGGGAGCUUCAGAAAGUCAUCCAUCUUCUGGUGGAAGGAAAGGACCCCAACUUCCUGAUGGAGAGUCAGAACAAGCGCACCGCCCUGCACGCAGCAGCUGUGGAGGGGCACCACGAGAUCUGCCACAUGCUGGUCCAGGCCGGGGCCAACCUGGAUAUGUCGGAUGAGGAGCAGCGGACGCCCCUGAUGGACGCGUGUGAGAACAACCACCUGGAGACCGUCAAGUACCUGCUAAGGGCUGGGGCUGCCGUCAGCCACAAGGACGUCAAGGGCUCCACCUGUCUUCAUCUGGCAGCCAAACUGGGACAUUAUGACGUGGUGCGGCAUGUGCUCCCCAAGGCGUUCAGAUACGUCAACUGCCAGGACGACGGCGGCUGGACGGCCAUCACCUGGGCCAUCGAGUAUAAACACCGAGAGCUGGUCCAGCUGCUCCUCUCCAGGGGGGCUGAUGUGAACAUCAGAGACAAGGAAGAGAACAUCUGCCUGCAUUGGGCUGCCCUGUCUGGUUCUGAUGACAUCGCUCAGCAGCUGCUGGAUGCUCGCUGUGACCUCCAUGCUGUCAACAUCCAUGGUGACUCUCCUCUCCACAUCGCCGCCAGGGAGAACCAACUGGACUGUGUGACGCUGUUUCUGUCUCGGGGAGGUGACGUGAACCUGAGGAACAGCGAGGGCGAGACCCCCCUGGACUGCUGUGUCUACAGCUCCAAGGUGUGGGGAGCCCUCAAUACCAACAAGAAGCUGACGGAUGCCCGGAGAGGCAGGGACAGUGUUGGAGAGCGAGUUCUGUGCAGGGACAUCUCUCGCGGGUACGAGGCUAUGCCUAUAACCUGUGUGAAUGGGGUGGACAGCGAGCCCUGUCCUGAGAACUUCAAAUACAUCCCUGACAGCUGCGUUACGUCCCCGAUGAACAUAGACAAGGACAUCACCCACUUGCAGCAUUGCCUGUGUACGGACGACUGCUCCUCCAACAACUGCAUGUGUGGUCAACUGAGUCUGCGAUGUUGGUACGACAAAGAGGGGCGUCUACCUCUGGACUUCUGUCUCAAGGAGCCUCCCGUCCUGUUCGAGUGUAAUCACGCCUGCUCCUGCUGGAGAACCUGCAGGAAUCGCGUGGUACAAAACGGCCUGAGAGUCCAUCUGCAGCUGUAUAAGACUAAGAAGAUGGGCUGGGGAGUGAGGGUGCUGCAGGACAUCCCUCAAGGAUCUUUUAUCUGCGAGUACGUAGGGGAGAUCAUAACCGACGCCGAAGCAGAUGGCAGGGAAAUUGACUCCUUCCUCUUCACCCUCGACAACAAGGUGGGAGAUGCACACUGCAUCGAUGCCCGGCUGUUUGGCAACAUUGGCCGAUUUAUUAACCACCUGUGUGAUCCUAACCUGCUGGCUGUGAGAGUGUUCACCAUGCAUCAAGACCUGCGCUUCCCACGUAUAGCUUUCUUCUCCCGAAAGCCCAUCCUAGCAGGGGAACAGAUUGGGUUUGACUAUGGAGAUAACUACUGGAGGAUCAAGGGUAAAUACUACAGCUGUCACUGUGGUUCUCCUAAGUGUCGACACUCUGCUGCUGUCGUAGCCCAGGGAGCCAAGAGCACAGAGAAGGGUACGAGCCCAGCACAGCCAUCAACAGCACAAAUGGAGUUAUAACAAAAUAAUGUUGUUGCGUAGAACCGAUAACUUCUCAGCCCAGCCCCACGUGUGCCUCCCCCAUCUCCAUCUUUUCUUCCUGCGAUGUCUCCCCUUUUCGACCUGUGGCAGUCAGCAUCAUAUCCCCAUGUUUUAAGCAGAGGUCUACAGUAAAUAACGUUUCGUUUUAAAUGCUUUUAAGAGACAGGUCUUUUUUUUGUGUCUUGUCUAGACAGUGACGAAUGCUACAUUUUUAAUGCUGAAAUAGCAAUAAACAAUAUUUAAAACCUGA